GGGGAAGUUUCAUUUAAGCUCUAUACGGAGCCUCAUAGCAAACAGCAUUGUGAAGCUUACUUUGUGAGAACUCUGCUUCCUAUUCAGUAUAAUGGACGGAUACUGCAGGGGAGCAGCAUGUGUAAUCACAGUGAUCUUUACUGUGAUCAUAUUCCUUCUUGGCAUCAUUGGAAAUGGUGCAGUGAUCUGGAUUACUGGCUUUAAGAUGAAGAAGUCAGUGAGCAGCACCUGGUACCUGAGUCUGGCUCUGUCUGACUUCAUUUUCUGCGCUACUCUCCCUUUCACCAUUGACUACAUAGUGAAGAACAGCUGGAACUCUGGGCUCUUCAUGUGCAAGCUCAACGGUUUUGUUAUACCCCUCAAUAUGUACAGCAGCAUUUUCAUCCUGGUCAUCAUUAGUGUGCAUCGCUGCAUCACAGUCAAGUUUCCCGUCUGGGCCCAGAAUCAGAGCACUGUAAAGAAAGCUUCUAUAGUUGUUGUGUUGGCUUGGAUUGUGUCGUGUUUGCUUAGCAUCCCAUCUGCCAAAUUCAGAAACAUUAUAACUAUAGGAUCAACAGAUAUAUGCUAUAGCGACUUUGAGAAUCACUACAAAACCGUUGUGUCCAUGCAAUUUACUUUUGGGCUUUUGAUUCCAUUCCUGACCAUCUUCACCUGUUACUGCAUCCUGAUCCAUAAACUUAGAGCAAACCAAAUGUCCGAAUCCACCAAGCCCUUCAAGAUCAUGACAUUACUGAUCGCAGCUUUUUUCAUCUGUUGGUUGCCAUUUCAAAUAUUAUCUGUUUUAGUGUUGGACAUAUCUCAACACAGCUAUGCCCUUUACACAGCCCUACAAGUAUCCGUCAUUCUCGCCAGUGCAAACAGCUUUCUAAACCCGUUCAUCUAUGCAUUCAUGGCCAAAGACUUAAAUAAGAAAUGCUAUUCCUUUCUUUCGAAAAUUGAGAGCGCCAUCGAUGAAGAGACCCAAAGUGAUUUCAGAACAACUUCAAUUACCAAUUCUGAGGAUAACAGACUUUCCAAUGCUGUCUGAAAUUUAAAGAAAGAAUUUGGGGUUUUUGAAUGAAUGUAUUAAACAUAAUUUCAGCAAGAUCAACAAAUGUUUUCACGCUCCACAUCUCUCUCUCUCUUUGUUUUGCUAACAUGCAUGCAUAAAAAUAUAAUAAAAAUCAUGUUCCAACCAUUGUUUCAUUAAGUUCUUGUAAUUCUCUUA